AGAUUUAUUUAGAUCUUUUUAUCUUUUCUGCUACUCCUAGGUAAGCUAUACAAGCGCUCUAAGAAAAAGAAAAAAAAAGUUACUAUCUAGAACUUUCGGUGGCCUACUUGAACUAGUUCUAUAGCCUGCUAUCAAUUCAUCUGUUGUUUUAAAGUCUCGAGGAACUAGAUCUGUCAGUACCGCUGUAGUCAAGAUGGGAUGUUCAUAUCUUGUUGUUGCUGUAUUGCUGGUUCAGUGUAUGUCGGCGUUGGAUGAGACAACAUUUACCUGCAUGUACUGCCAGGGUGUUGAUGACCCAGGCCUGUGCUACACACGGACCAAGUGCUCGACCAACCAGCUGUGUUAUGCUGAGGUGAAAGUAACAGAGAGAAAUAACAGUUUAUAUUUUCUGUCUUGUCAAGACGCUGUGUUCUGUGACCAGCUGGCUGGGUCUGUGAUCAUAGGCAAGAGAGAAGAUACCGGAGCCGUUACUGACGUCACGACCUGCAGGAAAUGUUGCAGAACUGACGAGUGUAACAGGGAGAUUUGUGGCACAAGUUAGUCGUGUAGUUAUGGUUAGGUGGU